CAGACCUCCAUCACUGAGGCAGCCAAACUGAAAGCUUCAUCAAGAGCCACAGCUGGUGUGAGAAGGUCAAAUGAGAGUGAACUAAAUGAAGACAAAAGCAACUCUGUAAAUCAGCAACGAAAAGAGCAGGAAUACCACUUUCAGGCAGUCACCAUGGAGACCAGCCCGCUUUCAGAAAUGGCUGAUCUAACAGACUGUAAAAUGGAUCCUGGGUAUACAGAGGACCAGAAAUGCCAGUUCAGUGAGGAGAAAGAAUGUUUUGCCACAUAUUUCUCAGAGUGCCUAGAUACCACAAAAAGCAACCCUCAGGAAGACACAGAUGAGCAAGAACGCAAAGACAUAACCAAUGAAUGUGAUAGCUCAGGUGAAUCUGAUGGCACCACAGACCCUCAAGAGGGCAUUUUGGCCAAGGUCAAAGAACAAGAGGAGUCAAAACCCAGAGAAUAUUUGACCUCUGAGCUUUACGAAGACUCUCACAUGAAUGACCAACCAGAAGAGGUAGAGAAAAUCAACAUUUCUAAUGAUGUCCAGGUGGAAGAACACAUUGAGCCCCAGGAACAGGUGGAUGAACAAGAAAAAUCUGGGAUAGAGCAGCAAAUCGAAGAGUUAGCAAUUUCUGAAGUCCCAACUGAAUCAAAGGAUAUGGAUCAAGAUGAAUUAAGUGAUUGUUUACAUGUGGAGAUGGCCAUUAUUUCAUCAGACAGUGAUGCUGAGGAGCAAUGGAGGUCUGUAGUUUCAUCAACUGUUGACAAAGAAGCGGAUGAAGAUAAUGGUGAUCUCUUGGGUAUGGAUGAACCAGAGAACAAUUCUGAGGACCAAGCAAGGCAGGAAGACGACACAGUGAAUGAGAGUAAUGCUGAAGACGAGGAUGUAACCCUGGCGAUGAACAUCAGUGAAAGUGAUAUUCUAGAACAACCAGAAUGUCCCACAGAAUGUGAGCUGCAGGAUAUUGCUUUGGAUUCCACUGUCCACUACUGUAACAAUAUUCCAGAGGAUGAGGAAGAGCUUGUGCAGAGCUCAAAGCACAACCUGCAGCACCUGUCCUGCUCAACGUCCGAGCUUGACAAGAGGGUGCCACAAGACUUCUGUGUGGUUCAGGACAUAAAGAGUGAAAAUGUCAGCACGGAGCACUUGGAUUUCAGAGUGGCACGCAAGCAAUGGCAGAAGAUGGAUGAGCAAACCAAGGGUCAGGUGCACCGGCCAGUAGUGAGGCUGGGGUCUUGCCAGGUUGGUCACAGCUUCAUGUAUACACCUGUGCGCAACAUUGAUCGCCCUAGGAAAGACCCAGACAUAGAGAGUCUUGGUCUGGGAGAUUACCAGUACACUCAUUUUAGCCCCUGUUCGGAAGACUCUGGUCUAGACGACACAAGCUACAGGUCCAAUUUCGAUGAGCCAGAGACUUCAGUGGAGAGGGAGAUCCGUGAAGCUCUGGAGCGAGAAGACAAUUUCAGGCAAGAGAGGGCAAUGGCAAAGGCCUCUGCUGGUGAGGCUACGCAAGUUAAACUCAGGCCUGGUACUCUUCAACACAGCAAAUCAGAGCCUGGGAAGCAAGGAAGGAUGUUUGACACACCAGAGGACAGAUGCAGGUCUCAGAGAUUUCCUAGUGCAAGAACACCAACUUUCUCCAUUACUGCUUCAUCUGGAAGAGGUCCCACAUACCACGAAAUGACUGCCAACAAUGUCAUUAUACUCGAGCCGGAUUCGUACCCCAUCAGCCCAAUAAAUCAGGGGAAAGAAGGGCUGCUCUCUCCAGGGAGAAAUAGCCAAGAAUGGCCAUCAGACAUGAACAACGUCAUUAUCUUGGAGACAUCCAAUCUCAUCAUCCGAAGUGCCUCGGAAUUCUGCCUGAGCACUGCAUGCCAAGAGACACAAGAGAGCACAUUUCACAACAAUCCCUUUUUCAAACUGCGCUCACAUAGCACCCAGUCUCUGGUGGACCAGGAAAUCAUGAUGGUGAAGCAAAGAGAAGAGGAGCUCAGGAGGCAGAGAGCACAACUAUAUGUAAAGGACAGAUAUGACACAGUCCUAGUGUCCCCCAGCCAACUGCAGAAUUUCACUUAUGAGAGACCAGGAGAAAUACCAGUUAAAUCAAAGUCAUCCCCCUCGUCUCCUUCGAAGACAUGCAAAAUGGGCCGCUCUGCUUUGUCCUGUGACCACAAGUUCCCAGAGGCACCUAACCCUCGAGUCAGACGGAAAAGUGCACUGGCCCAGAGAUGGGAGGCAGGUAUCUUUGCCAAUCAUCAGAAACAAGACUGAAUGAUUUGAUUAAAUGAAGCACCUAAGCUCAAAUCAAGUCUCUAUUACAGUGAAAGCAUGCAUAAAUAGUUUAGAGAGUAAUACAUUCAGUAAUUAGACAAAUUUGAAACUUAUUAGGUAAGUACUAAAAAUCUAUUUACGACACAGUAAAACUGUACUUUUUACAUUUUCUGAUGGUAAUAGUAUUUUCCUUCUGAAUUUGAUCCUGGAUACACUUUUAUAUUAUUGCAGAUGAAGCACAAUUUAUAAUGUAUUCCUAAAUUGCACUAUGUACAAAAUAAUGUUAAACAUUGAGAACUUUAUUAUUCUAUUAUUCACAAUAUAUGCAUCAUUUAAAAAAAUACAAUAAUUUUGAGUCUUAUAUUAACAAAUAAACUUUGUUAUAAGACAUUUUGUCACUUUAACUAUUAAACCCCUAAUACAGUAGAGAACUGAGGUUAACAGAAAUAACAUUAUAUUUGAUUUAAGCUGAUCAAAAGUGCAAUUUAAGACAGGGAAGUCCAUAGCUUGGACUGUCUAACAGAAUGGUGUCUGAGGUACUGUAGUUAAUUGAAUACAUUUUGGAUGUAGCUCCGAGAGGUGUUACAAGAUAAGUAGCUGGAUUCUGUACUAUAAUUACAUUGUGAGUAUUUGAGCUAUUUUCUGCUUUGAUUGCCUGCUAAUAAUGUGAACAUUUAUUCUUGUGUGAAAAUAUUAAUACAAAAGAUGUGUGAGUUUCACUCCAUAAUAUUCAUGUUGCAACUUAAUAGAUAUGUUUCUUCCUUUGCAGUAUGUUUUCAAAAUGCAAAAUGCUGUUUAAACCUUGAAAUAAAAUG